UCGAUAUUUCGGCUCAAGUAACAAGCAUCGCACGGGCCUCGAAACCAUGGCAGAACGAUUGGAGUUGGAACACGACUUUCUCGACAAUGCGAAAAGUUUCAAUUGGGCAGCUGUCAAAGAACAACUCCAGGAGUGCCCCGACUUGAUCAACGUCCAGCCGUCCAUGCGUUGGACGGCCCUGCACCAGGCGGCCUUCAACGGCGAUGCCGAGGUGGCCGCCUUUCUGCUGGAGAAAGGUGCAGACCCGCAGGCCCAGACACGUUCCGGGCAAACGCCCGCAGAAGUGGCCAAGAACGAGGCAGUGAGAGCCGUCAUCCAAAAGGCAGCGCCAGCGGCUGAAGGGGCUGAAGGGGCUGAAGGGGCGCCUGAGGAGGUGGUCGCGCCGCCGAAAAAGAAGGCAAAGAAGAUGCCAACCUACAAGCUGAACAUCAACAACGCAGUGGACAAGGAAUAUGAAGGGAGCAGCCUCACUGACAUCGCUGCAGCUCCAACCUCUGCACUGCAAGGCGUCGCACAGAAGGGACGCGAUGUCCUGAAGAAGUUCAAGGUCCACACCAUCAGUGACUUGGGGAAGUGGAAGUUCUAUCGUAUCGCAAAGGCGAUGGUGGGCCUGGCCCAGUUGGAACAGGAAGGAAAACGUGAGGAGGGAGCGGCCCUGAACAUCAACAAGGCCAUGGAUAAGAAACACGAGUGCAAGUCCUUGAAGGAUAUGGUGGACCUGCCGCCCUCCGCCCUUCAAGGCCUAGCCGCUUGGGCUGACCCCGAACUGGCCAAGGUGGGAAUCACUACAAUUGCCAAGCUGGGUUCGGCCUUCAGAUUCAAAAGGUGAUUGGAAGUAUGCCAAAUGGGCUGAGUGGAUCACUGAGCUGUCGGACUUUGAAAAUAUCGAUUUCGCGAGUCUUUAGGCCAUCGAGGUGUAUGACAGAUGGUAUGCAGCUGACUGUCCAACUCGCCCGUGG